AUGAAGUCGCCCGACACUCAAAGAUCGCGUCCCACAGAUAUUGAACAAACUGAAAAGUCCAACUCCACCGCUAGUCUCUUUCUAGGUCGCAUCCAGAAAAACUGGAUGUCCAGUUCCCAAUCAACUCCUGCAGCCACUUCUCACCGUCAUGUAUCUUCCAUCGUGCCUGCCACGAAUUCCACCACGGUCCGUUCGGACCCCAAACGUCCGGAGCUUGCGCUCAUGUCCCCCGCUACACCGGGGGGAAUGCCAUCAUCAGCUCUGCCAACCCCGUUAGCAACUGCAGUGACUACUACAGUGGCUGCCACGACUGCAACACCUGCAACACCUGCAACACCUGCCGUCACGGUAGAGACUACCGCUCCCAAUAAACCCAACCUUGACCCAAACACAGCCGCGUUUCCAUCUCCAGUGUCAAAUGCCGACUCUCACCCGAGCCCCGUUAUCAGUGUUCCGGAUCCCUCGACAACGGCUAGUCCCGCGAUUUCAAAGGCUCCACCCGUCGUAAAUUCUCAAACCCACCCACGCGUCGUGACCCCAACAUCCGUCACAGAGAAGACUGUCCCUCCAUUGCCACACCAAUCCGGGAUGCGUCGAGUCUCACAAGACACCUCACGGACCACAUCUCUGGGCUCAAACCCCUCUGGAAGGACAAUAGCGCGGCCCCCUUCCGUGCCAACUGCUAAUGGGACGCGCUCGCCCAUUUCCAGGGAUCACCCCGUGGAGUGCAUCCCCGACAAGUCCACCUGGGAACAAUGGCGACAUGCCACUGAACAAAUGAGAAAAGUCUCGGCAAAAUCAGCCUGUCUAAUUGCCGAACCUCGUGUAGUACUUUUGCAACAGGCUUGCAGGCACGAAGACCUAUUUUAUUUGGUAUUGCACCAAAUCUUCUGCCGGAUCUCCCUAGAUGAUAAUGUGUUUGCCGACCUACCAAGCCUCCAUAAGGACGCUUGCAUCCGUGGCUUCCAACGCGUCUCUGAUUUACUCGAGAGUAAUAAGCUUCUCUCUAGGGAAAUGAUCAUCAUGUUUGCGAGACUCCCCGUCCCGCCAAAGCAAGGAAUGCAAUUUGGUUGGUAUAAAGACAUGGUCCAAGAGAUUGCUGCUUUCCUUCCGCUGCUGGCCUCCCACUUUAAUGAUCAAAAGUUUGAAAUGUGCGCUCAAACGGCCAAUCGACAUUUCCCACCCCUGCUGCAUGAGCUGCGGCAACUAUUCAGGAUCAAAUCGCCGGUGUUCCUGGGUGUGAUGUUCUCUUCCAUGUGUCGCCAAGUAUACGAUGAGAUUCACUAUAACUUGUUGACCCACCUGUAUCAAAAGAACGUCACGUUGGAUCAGGAAGGCAUGACAGACGAUGCCCAUUAUAAGUUAAUCGACGAAUACCGUGCCAUUCCAUUGAAAGGGGAAUCACCAAACCAGAUGGCCCGUGCCCGGGUUCUAGCCGACGCUCAGGUUGCUCAGGUUUCCCAACCAGCCGUUGCUCAAUCCAUUUCCUCCAGUCAGGCUUCAUCCGCGAGCCCAAGGAUCCACCCCAGUCAGCGACCUGUUUCGAGAUCAUCCAAUGGAUUACAAGUUUCAGCGAAUGUACCCAUCAGUCAACCUCCCGCCAGCACUCAACUCACAACCCACCAACCUCCUCCGGCUAGUCAACAACCUCCAACUCGUCAGCUUUCUUCAACCAGCCAGCAGCCCCCAAUCAAUCAACAACCUAGAGUCAAUCACCAAACUCCAGCCAGCCAACGCCCUCCAGCAGCCGCUCAACAUCCUGCCAGGCGGCCUCCCCCAAUAGUAACGGUCCCACAUGGUCAAUCUCCAUAUCAGUAUCCUUCAGAGCAUGUGCCACAGACCCCGCAGACCCAGCAAAUGCAGCAAAUACAGCAAAUGCAGCAGGCAUAUCAGUUACAGCGACUGCAGCAAGUGCAGCAAGCGCAGCUGAUGAAUAGACAUGUGAUGACAGUUCCAUCACAGCAAACCCAGCAUUGGCCAGUGAACCCUUGGGUGACGCCUCAGAUGCAAGUAUCACCAGGACAGCAAAGCCCAUUUCCCCAAAGAGCCCCUCCAUCUGGCCAAGUACCUGGGCCGUCCUGGGCAUACAUACCUUCACCUGCAUUGACUACUCCCACCCUUCUCAACUCCGCUCAGCCCAAUGGCCCUCAAUAUACUGUUUCGUCUCCAGGGGUCGCCCCCGGUGGUCAGCACCGAGAGAGUCAGGUGUCAUUGCAAAAUAACCAGGCACAUUUAAGGAAUUUUGUACACGGUUCCAAUGCACCAAGUUCACGAUCUCCUCAGAUCGCCAAUGGUUCUCCUCAUUCAUCGCCCGCCAUGACGCCCUUAUUGCCACCUCAUGGCCAUCGCAUCCCACAAAUUGUUCAGGUGAAUCCCAUGCGUUUCGGGCUACACCAAGCCGAUCUUCGUGACCCGAUGAAGAAAUGUGUCAUGAAAGGGCCAGGGGGUGAAUUGUACGACACCGAGCUGUACCACUAUGUCAAUGAUUUUGCCUUGAUCCCUACCAUCGUAGACCCCGAGGCUUACAAUUAUGUCUGGAAAUUCUCAUUGUCUGCCGAGGAUAUGACGAGGCAUCCUCGCCCAGUAGAAACACCUUCGGAGGAGGGCCAUCGGCGCAUUCUCACUUAUCAAUCUGGUUGUCAGACUUUCCGUCUGCGGUGUAUCGCACUCCCAGCUUUGGAAACAGCAAAUUCAGAGAGCCUGUGGCACACUGCACCGACCACCUGGCCCAGCGUUUUCUAUAUCCAUCUGAACGGAAAGGAAUUCACUCCGCGCCGAAAGACCCAUAACGGAAAGGACUUGCCUAUUGACAUAACGCUGGACCUGAUAGAAGGCGAGAACAAGCUGCGGGUUGACCUUCUUCUUGGACCAGAUGAAUGCAAGGACAUCCGAUAUUACUUCGGCGUCGAAAUCUUGAACGUCAAUCGGUUUGAAAUGGUUCGUAGCCUCGUACGGGCAAUCCCAGCGGAGGUUGUGCGUCAAAGAAUCCAAAGGCGUCUCAACAAGACCGUCGAAGAUGACGACUUGGCCGUCGUGAGCAGUAAUCUGACGAUCAGUCUGAUCGAUCCCUUUACUGCCCAAAUCUUCACCACGCCCGCUCGCUCGACUCUCUGUGGACACCAGGAAUGUUUCGAUCUUGAGACAUUCAUCACAACUCGAAAGUCAACCAGCGGUCCAACCCCGCUGAAUGAUAACUGGCGAUGUCCCAUUUGUAAUGCCGACGCUCGGCCCCAGCUCCUGGUCCUGGAUCGAUUCCUGGAGCAAGUCCGUGCCCAACUUAUCGCGACUAACCAGUUGGAAGGUGCCCAGUCCAUUCAAAUCAAACCCGACGGCACAUGGGCCGUGAGCUCCACCCGAGACGACGCUGCAUCUUCUUCUGAUAAACCCCAACCACCGUUAGGAAACAAGCGCAAAGCACAUGGAGACAUGACGACACCGCUAGAGAGUCUCGCUGCGCGUCGCCUCAAAGUGGAAAAGUCCGCCUCCCCUAGUGCUGCUGUCCGAAGUUCAUCAGAACGUAUAGUCAUCGAACUAGACGACUAG